AUGACUAAGUCAGAUGAAGAGGGUGUGGGGGUGCAUCAGGAAAAAGUGAGAGAAGAUUGUAGGAGCACCAGCGACUAUCACAUUCGCUGGGAGAGAUCCGGUAGUUCGAAAGAACUCAAAUAUUUCAAACGUCCUGCUCAGAAAUUCAGAGAUAACAAAGAUGAUGCUGGUCGGAAGGAAGUUGUGUGGGAGACAGCAAGUAGGAUAGAGCCACGGGUGGAAGUGCCUCCGCUUCCUGUGAAGUUCUUCUGGGGUGAUGAGGAACCAGAACCGGCACCAAAAUCUGAAGCAGAGAAGGAGAUGGACAAGAUGUGGAGCCAGAUGGAAUUUUAUCUUAGAGCUGGUGAAAUUGGUUCUUCUGGACCCCUGGAGGAAACUGAAACUAGUCAAGCCACCCUUUGUCCAGGAGGAAAGCAUGAGCUCAUUUGCGAUGAGGAAAUUGGUUUAAUUUGCCUCUUCUGUGAUCAGAUAGUGCUUGAGAUAAAAUAUGUCUUGCCACCAUUUCUACCAUCUUUUGUAAGUUCUGUUGGUUUACCAAGUACUGUGGCUUUUACUGUUAUAUCCAUUCUCAAAACACCAUCCACACUUCACAGUUGGCUUAGUUAUGUUAUCGACUCUCACUUCCCUGGAUUAACUGUUUCUGUCACUGCCAUCCUCAAUGAAAAAUUCUCCAUUGAAACGUCAGGCACAAAAAUACCACUCAACAGAGGGAAUGUGUCUUUGUCUGAAGAGGAUUGUCUUCAGCCUUCUGGAGAUGACUCUGACAAACUCUCUCAUCAGAACGGCUCUGUUUUGGAUCUCAUCCCCUGCGACAGCAGUAAAAUGUAUCCGCACCAGCUGGAGGGAUUUGAGUUUAUGUGGAAGAACAUAGCAGGGUCUACUGACCUAAAAGACUUGUCCAACUCUGAGCCUAACGACGUUGGUGGGUGCAUCAUAUCUCACGCUCCAGGCACAGGAAAGACUUGCAUGACCAUACUUUUUCUGCACACGUAUCUCAGACUCUUCCCCAAUUCCCGGCCUGUGGUUAUUGCUCCUGCAAGCUUGCUUCUCACUUGGGAAGAAGAGUUCAAGAAGUGGAACAAGAAAUGGGACACCAGCAUUUUAUUCCACAACUUGAAUAAUCCGGAGUUCUCCGGGGCAGAAAAUCCAGAAGCUGUGAGAAUGGUGGAGGCAAAUAGCCACCUCAAGCGAUGUAGCGAUGUGAUGCGGGUGAUCAAGGUCUAUUCCUGGAGUAAGAACAGCAGCAUACUAGGCAUCAGUUACAAUCUGUAUGAGAAGCUUGCAGUACACAAUAGGAAAGGCACAAAGGAUCCAGUGAAGAAGGCAAAGAUUGAAAAGAAAGAUGAAGAGAUGAGAAAGAUUCUUCUUGAUUUGCUGGGUGUAGUGGUUCUUGACGAAGGGCACACGCCGCGAAACCAGAGGAGCAGCAUUUGGAAGCUUCUGCUAAAACUUCGGACUGAGAAGAGGAUCAUCCUCUCGGGCACCCCUUUCCAGAAUAACUUUCUAGAGCUCUAUAACACAUUGUGCUUAGUGAGACCCACAAUGGCCAACGAACUACCCCUGAGUCUCAAGAAAUUCUGCCAGACAACACAAUGGAAAAGAGCUAAAACAGAUGAUAUCAAUUCCCUUGUUCAGCCACAUGACAAAGUGGCUGAUGAUGCAAUUGUGAAUCUCCGGUCUAUCAUGGCUCCGUUUGUUCACGUUCACAAAGGGAGCAUUCUUAAAGAGAAUCUUCCUGGUAUAAAAGAGUGCAUAGUGGUGUUAAACCCAGGGGAUAGGCAGAAGAAGAUAGUCGAGAACAUUCAAAGAUCUCAAUGCACGUUUGAGUAUGAGUUCAAGCUGUCUUUGGCCUGCAUCCACCCUUCUCUGAUCCUAAGCUGCAAUGCAUAUGCGAAUGAAAAACCUCUCAUCUGUCAUGAGCGUCAGAAGCUUGAAGAUCUGAAGACUCACACAGAUGCUGGGAUAAAGACGAGGUUCCUAGUGGAGUUAAUCCGGCUCAGCGAAGCACUCGGUGAGAAGGUUCUGGUUUUCAGCCAAUACAAAGAGCCAUUGUCCUUCAUCAGUGACCAACUGAGAUUGACUUUCCAGUGGUCCUCCCAGGAAAAGAGCUUCUACACAUGCAUGGGAGCCUCAAUCUGA